CUCUCCGCUCUCGCGCGCGCGCCGCCGCCACCACCACCACCACCACGCCAUCACCAGACAUGUCAUCCACCACGCGCGCACCGUCCCCCCGCUCCCGCCCCCGCCCGUGAAACGACACCCACCGACCGCCCUGCGCCUGCGCCUGCGCGGCGAGUAGCCCAAGAACCACCCCCACGUAGGCAGGGCAGCCAGCCGCAGCCGACGAGGAUAAAGAAGAAGAAGAAGGAAGCAUCAUGCCAUCCAUGGCGCCUCCGCUAUAAGCAGGAGAGAGAGGGAGGGAGAGACAGCCAAGAACCUCCUCUGGCACGGGGACGGACACGCGCGCGCCUUGCUUUGUUUAGCGCCUCCCGGCCUCGAUAAUAAACGCGGUGGUGGUGGUGGUGGUAGUGGUGGGAAGGGACGGGGGGCGGCGAUCCCGGUGGGUGUGUGUGUGUCCGAGGUGCGUUCCUUGCCCCGGCCCCCGGUGUGCAUGGCCGAGACGCCAUGACGACGACGAGCACCGCCAUGAACGUGAGCAAGGCGGUGACGCAGCUCUGCGCCCCGGGCGGCGGCAGCGGCGGGCGGCGGAGGGGGAGGCCGGCCGUGCUGCGGCUCGACCUCCGGUGGGGACGCCUGCUCCGCCUCGCCGUCAUCAGCAGGGUCGUCCGGCUCGUCUGGGACCAGCUACUCGCCUGCUCCUCCUGCACCGGCGGGGGCGGCGGCAGGUACCGCAGGCUCGGCCCGCCGCAGGGGGGCGCCGCCGGGGCCGUGCUGUCCCCGCUCCCCAGGGACGACGACGACGGCUGCUGCGGCCGCCGCGGCGGCGACCGCGAGGCGGCGGAUGUCGAGGACGUCGUCAGCCUCAAAGUCAGCCUGCUCGGCGAUUGCCAGAUCGGCAAGACCAGUUUCAUGGUUAAGUAUGUUGGGGAUGAGGAGGAGCAGAACGGCUUGCAGAUGACGGGCCUGAAUCUGAUGGACAAGACCUUGGCAGUUCGAGGUGCUAGAAUUGCCUUCAGCAUUUGGGAUGUGGCAGGAGACAGCCAGUUCCUCGACCACGUUCCAAUAGCGUGUAAGGACGCCGUGGCGAUCUUGUUCAUGUUCGAUCUCACGAGCCGGUGCACGCUUACUAAUGUUAUAGAUUGGUAUGAGAGGGCAAGGAAAUGGAAUAAGACGGCUAUUCCAAUCCUAAUUGGAACGAAGUUUGAUGACUUCGCUCGGCUUCCUCUUGAGAUGCAAUGGACCAUCGUUAACGAGGCCAGGGCAUACGCAAGAGCGAUGAAGGCGACCCUCUUCUUCUCGAGCUCGACGCACAACAUCAACGUGAACAAGAUCUUCAAGUUCAUCACGGCCAAGCUCUUCAACCUGCCGUGGACGGUGGAGCGCAACCUCACCGUCGGCGAGCCCAUCAUAGACUUCUGAAAAUAGGGGACGGACUCCCCUGACUAACAAAUUAAGGCUAGGCAAAAGAAAAGAAAAAAAAAAACUGUUACACGAGCCAUUCCUUCGUCUUCCUCCUCCUGACCUGAUCUCUCUCAGGCAAUGGAGGCUGGCCGGGGUGGUCAGGCCAUGGCUGAGCAGAGCUCAUGCAUGUACAUAGGUGACAACGAAAAUGGAAAUCAAGCUGGGUGCAUCGUCGAGGUGUUGGAGAGGAAACCGCGAGAUGCUGUAGCCCUCGUCGGAGUGUAUAGUACUAGGAGUUAACUGAUCCGUGUAAUAUAUGGUCAUCGUUCUUAACACCAAUUUUAGAGAUGGGCGUGUUACAAGUAUAAAAAAAACGAAAAGACGAGGGUGUUGGUCACUAGCCCAUUAUACACAAGGGCGGUAUUAGCACUGGAGUAGCUAGAGUUAGAGUGGUCUAAAUGUCCAUUAAAAUUAUACUUUAAAGUUUGUGAAGUUCGAACAAAAAUAUAUAGAAGAUAACAGAAAAUUUAAAUUGUACUAAUUCAGUUCUGCUAUUGAGUAAACUGUGGUUCCGCCCCGGGCCUGGUUAUACACACAGGUUUUAGAGACGGACAAAGACCAAUCUGGGGACACUCAUUGAUACUAAGAUUCAUUCUGUUCAGUUAAUUAGAGUUACCACGAACUCGGUUCA